AUGGAUCUUCCUGUAAAUCGUUUUAUCAAUCAGUCUUAUAUAUUUUUUCUCCUUGAAUCACCUUAUCAUACUGGAAUUUCUGAAGAUAGCUUACCAGACAAUUUUUUCAACGUCACAUUGACUUACAGACUUGAUAGUGAUAUUUUAUUUCCUUAUGGCGUGUGGAGAAAGUUAGACGAAUUUACACCUGCAAACCAAAAAUGGAAUUGGGAUGAGGUUAAAGAAAUGGUAAACAAUAAAACAGGUUUAAUAUUAUAUUUGGUUUCAAAUUGUCAUACGCCGUCGAAACGUGAAGCAUACGUUGAAAACUUAAACCAAUUUAUAGCUAUAACACAAUAUGGUAAUUGCAACAAUAUGGCGUGUGAUGAAGAAUGUGCAAACAAAUUAAGAAUGAGCCAUCGUUUUUAUUUGGCAUUUGAAAACAGCGUAUGUCGAGAUUACGUGACGGAAAAAGUAUUCAGAAAUAUGAAAGAACUUUUAGUACCUGUUGUGCUUAAGAAUUCAAUUUAUGCUAAUAUCUUACCAGAUGCAUCAUAUAUUGCAGCAGAUGAUUUUAAUUCACCACGAGAAUUGGCGCUUUAUUUAAAAUAUUUUGAAUGGACAAAAUAUUAUCAAAAAUCUACAAGCAUAAAUUAUUCAUGCGCUUUAUGCAAAUAUCUUCAUGAGCAUUCAAAUCACAAUACUUCUAAAACCAUUUCUGAUAUCCGAUCAUGGUGGUUUGAAGAGGGACAAUGCAUCGAUGAUUAUGCAUGGCAACUUUUGCACAAAACUGAGAUCACUACAACAUGA